AUGGCCUCUCCCACUCGGUCGCGCGCUGAUCCCCGCCUGGAGUCAUCCAACUCCACCGCAAGCAUUUUUCUUGGCGGCGUGCGGAGGACUUGGAUGCCGAACUCGUCGCAUCCGAACCCGGCCGCCACCCUCUCCUCCAAGCGCCCCGAGCAUUGUUCCAUUCCAACCCCCACGAGCGAACACCAAUCGAAGGCCGCCUCCGCGCAGAUUGAUCGCGACCGUCCGGCCGUCCCGUCAGGUACCACAACCUCGCAGACUUUGAUGUCGCCCGUGACACCCGGCGCGAAUUUACAGCUUCAACAGAACCAGCCAUGCCAUCCGACGAUUAUCUCGACUCCCUCAACCAGUCACUCUCCAACAACUGCUCUUCCCUCUCCCGUACCGAGCACCAACUCCCACGCCAGCCCCGCUAAGAACAGCCAUGGUCCUACAAAUCGUGCCACGCCCGCCCCUCAGGCUUCUACAAGGCCAGCGCCCACGACACCACGUACGAAUGGGGAAAUCUGGCCCCCGCAACCGUCAAGUCAGAAUGCCUCGCAGCCUCAGUUCCAGGCCUCAGGGAACAUUACGACGCGUCCAGGACAGCAGGAGGACAACACCACCUCUGUACCACAGCCGGCCAACGGCAGUGCUCAACUAGCCCUAUCGAAGCAGCUAUCCAAACAUCAGACAUUGUCGCCACUGAGCGAACACGUCUGGCAGCUGUGGAUAAAGAAUCUGCAGAUCAUGAGGGAAGGAUUGGAGGUCAGGGGCGAACUGUCUCCGGAGUACGGAGUGCCUCGAAUGUCGGUCCUGCACCAGGCAUGUCAGAAACAGGAUCUUUUCUUCAUAGUACUUCAUCAGAUGUACUGUGUACGGACCGUGGACCCUUAUCUGUAUGACCGGAUUCCCGAGCUCCGGGGGACUCAUUGUCAAGAGGGCAUGCUCUUGCUCCAGGACCUCUUGGUGGACAAUCUCACCCUUCCACUGAGAUCGGUCGAGGCGUGGGCUCAGUUCCCAUGCCCUGCACAAGAUUUAAUGCCACUGGACGGGUAUAAUUUGAUGAUACAGAAGAUCCCCUGCGUUUUGACCCGACUCGUGACAGAUUGGCGACCCCUUUAUCGCGCUUGCUAUGAGCGACGGUACCCGCCGCUGGUGGAAGAACUCGUGCUAAUAUUCGAGACGACAUCGCAUGCCUUCCUCUCCACUAUCUUUGUGUCCUUGUGCCGCGAACUCUAUGAACCCAGCUAUCAACAGCAACUGGGACAUAUCUUCUGCCGCGAUUAUUUGGCGCUGGAACGCCGUAUUGCCAAUGGCGAGGCCUUGAACUCGCAAGAAAGGAAUGCCCCCUUCAUCAAGUCCUACCUCAAGCUCCCUAUAUCUUCCAGAGCAUUACAUCCAAUUAACUGGACGCCUGGUUUUUCGCGCGGCCAAGUUCCGAUUGUGUAUCAAACUGUUCAGGUCGCGAGCAUGCUGUCUCCGAGUAUUAUGUCUCCAACUUCUGGCAAUGGUCAAUCAUCUGUUGCGAGUCCCCAGCUGCCUGCACCAAAUUCGCCUUACGGUCUGUCUCACCAAAGACCGGGCAUCGCACAGCCGGUGUCACACGGCCAGCCGUAUCACUCGCCAUACCACCAAGUGCUUCCAAGUCAUCCGGCAUCAUCCCAGCCGGUUCCAACUUAUGCCGUCCCCCCGUCCAUCCCGCAGUAUGAUGGGGCGGGUGGUUCCAGACCUCUGUUGCAGACGCAGGCGUCUCAGCCACCCAGGGCUACUCAAUGGGACCCUGUUGUCCAGCAACGCCGCCCACCGGCUGCAGUGGGAAGAGUACCUGGGUCGGGAUUACCCCAUCCUUUGCCUUCACGGCCGACUGUGCCCUCUCCACACCAUGCGCCCUCCCAACAAUCCCCUCCAUCUCAGUACCAUGCACCUCCUCAACGCCCUACGCCUUCUCAGCAACCUGCCACUCGACAAGCUGCGGUGCCACAGCAGCAUCCUCCUCGGACCGACCGUAGAACCUCGGGGCAGCAAUCUCAGCCGCGACGUGGUACAUCUCUAUUGCCACCGGCCGGCUACAAACCGUCUCAGACAGCUCAUCCAAAUCCGUUGCGGUUUGGCCUUCAUCAGGCUCACCUUCGCGAUCCGGUCAAAAAACUGGUGGAGCGUAACGCAAGCGAGGAGCUGGUCGACACGAAGUUAUUCCAGUAUCUUGGAGGAUUUGUUCUCAACCCGACGUUUCUAGAGACUCCAAAAACGUGUCACAAGUGGACUUUUCAACUGUCAAAUGCUCAAUGCAGGAGAUUCCCGCCCACAGUUAGUCAAGGAGAAGGAAAGCGGCCAUUGCGAACCUUUCAAAGUGGGUGUUGGACGUUCCGCCUGCGGUCUAUCAAGAUGCCCCCCUCCCGAAAGCCGGAAGUCGAGCAAGUGUGGGCCAGUGCGAAAACAACGUGGCCGAGCGUCUUUUAUAUCUUUGUCAACGAUCAGGAGCUUUUCGCGCGCAGAAAGCUUCACAAUGGCAAGGACCUCCCUCUGGACAUCACGGACUAUCUCACGGAAGGAGUCAAUAAAAUCACCUUGAACUUGCUUCUCGACAAGUACGAGUGCAAGACCCAGCAGUACGCGUUCGCGGUGGAAGUCAUGGAAGUGACCGGAUAUAUGCAGUUGCGGAGUCGCGUACCGUCCCUCCCUGCGGCUGAGUCGCGUGCCCUUAUCCAAAAACGUCUGUCUCCCAUCACAGACGACGAGGAAAUCACGGUCAUCACCGACAGUUUGACCGUCAGCCUGAUCGACCCUUUCUCAGCCCGCAUCGUCGAUGUCCCCGCUCGUUCUCGGCAAUGUGACCACCUGGACUGCUUUGAUCUAGAAACCUUCCUCAGCACGCGGAAAUCGGCCUCAGACUCACUUCCCAUGAACGACAACUGGUUCUGCCCGAUCUGCAAAGCAGACGCGCGUCCCCAGGUUCUGUUCAUCGAUGGCUUCUUUGCCGAGGUACUGCAGGAAAUUACUCGCCAGAAGCGACGAGAGGACGCACAGGCAAUCGAGAUCAAGAUUGACGGGUCGUGGAACUUGAAGGUUGUCAGCGACGAGAAUAGUCGUGAUAGCUCAGGAGAUCCCGUCCAACGUCCAACGUUAAAACGCAAGGCCGACAGCUCGCCAGGUGCGGGUGAUGCUCGCUCAGGCUCCCGCGGGGUUUUGAAGCAUGAAGGAAGUCCCACCCCGUCUCCCUUCGUCGUCCACAAGGAGCCGGAUGUCAUUGAGAUCGACUAG